CUAGUUUAAAUUUCAAAUGUUUUGACCAAAAAAUUCUUAACACCAUACAAUCAGUCAAUCAAAAACAUUUUCAUGAUCAGUGCUAAAAAAUCAAAAUGGCCGCUUACCUUUUCACAGCAAUCCUCUACUGUGUGCUUCUCAAAUCAACGUGUGGAGCAAAUCACUCACUUCUCCCCAACCAAAAGAUUGGUAUUGGGGAGACUUUGGUCUCUGAAAGCCAAGUUUUUGAACUCGGAUUUUUCCAACCUGGAAAAUCAAAGAAUGCAUUUGUAGGGAUUUGGUACAAAUUCACACCGGAUGUGGUUUUGUGGGUUGCAAACAGAAACCACCCCAUCACUCACUCACAGGGAGUUAUCUUCGGUAUCUCUCAAAAUGGAAGUCUUUGUAUCAACAGCAGAGGUGGAGCUUUUAUCUGGUCAACGAAUCCACCAACGGCGUCGUCGCGCCCAGCUCUACGCCUCCUUGAUACCGGAAACCUGGUUGUCACGACGGAGGAAGGCCACUGCUUAUGGCAAAGCUUCGAUUUCCCAACUGACACUGGGCUACCAGGUAUGAAGCUGAAUCUCAUCACGAACAUGACAUCAUGGAGAGAUUGGGACGAUCCUUCGCCCGGAGAUUUCGUGAUGAAGAUAGACAACCACGGCUUGCCCGAGAUAGUCACUUUGGAAGGCACGAGGAAAAGAUUUCGAUCUGGAAAGUGGAAUGGCCUCUAUUUCAACGGCAUCCCUUGCUUCUACGGUGCUUUCCCAAGUGCUGAAUACAUUUUCGAACAAGGGAGGUUGGUGUCUAUGUGGAGGCCUUAUCACAGCUCCAUCAUCAUGAGAACCUCACUAGACGCCUCUGGCGCCAUCCAGCAGUAUAUGAUGAGUCCCAAAAAGGAUAAGUGGAAUCUCAUGUUCACGUUCCCCCGAGACCAGUGCGAUGAGUAUGGGAGCUGCGGCCCCAAUGGCAUCUGCACGGUUGAGAAGGCGCAAAGGUGUGAGUGUUUCGCAGGAUUUUCGCCCAAGUUUGCCAACGAAUGGGAUCUUCAAGAUUGGUCUGGUGGAUGUGCUAGAAUUAGGCCGUUGAAUUGCGAAAGUGGAGAUGGUUUUGUAGAGGUUAAAGGAGUGAAGCACCCUGAUAUGUUGACAUACUGGUUGAAUACCAGCAUGAGCCUUGAUGACUGCAAAGCCAAGUGCUUGAGGAACUGUAAGUGCUCUGCGUGCGCCAGUCCCUACAUAACUAACGGAGGCAGUGGGUGUUUGAUGUGGUUUGGGGAUCUUCUUGAUACCAGAGAGCUUCCUGCGACUCAUAGCACGCAGAACAUCUAUAUCCGCGUGCUACUUUCACAAUUAGUAAUUAGCUCCAACCCGGAGGAGGAGGAGGAGAAGAAGGAACCGAUGAAUCUAAUACUAGUAUCUGUUGCUACUGGUGUCAUCGUCUCGAGUUUCAUCAAUGGAAGUAUAGUUUUACUGACAAAAUGGAAAAAGAGAGUAAAGAGGUAUGAUGAGGAUUUAGAACUGCCAUCGAUCAAACUGGCAACUAUUCGGGAAGCAACAAACAGUUUCUCCCAACAGAAUCUGAUCGGAGUAGGUGGUUUUGGUCAUGUUUAUAAGGGCAGUCUGUCAACAGGACAAGAAAUCGCAGUUAAGAGAUUGUCGAAAUCUUCUGGACAAGGUCUUGAAGAGUUCAAGAACGAGGUCCUCUUGAUCACAAAACUUCAACAUAGAAACCUCGUCAAACUCCUCGGUUGUUGCAUUGAAGGAGAGGAAAUGGUGCUAGUAUAUGAAUACCUACAAAAUAAGAGCUUGGAUACUUUUGUUUUUGAUCUUGGUCGAAGGAAGAUUCUGACAUGGCCUACGUGCUUUGACAUUAUCAUGGGAAUCGCAAAGGGGCUGCUUUAUCUCCACAAUGAUUCCAGGUUUAAGAUUAUCCAUCGGGAUCUAAAAACAAGUAACAUUUUACUAGAUGCAAGUCUUAAUCCGAAAAUAUCAGACUUUGGCUUAGCAAGAACUUUUGAAGAGGAUCAGUCUCUAUCUAGAACUAAGAGAGUUAUUGGAACAUAUGGCUAUAUGGCUCCGGAAUAUGCCUUUCAUGGCAAGUUCUCGGUGAAGUCUGAUGUCUAUAGUUUUGGAGUCGUGUUGCUAGAGAUAAUAAGUGGGAAAAGGAACAGAGAAUUUGAGCACAAUGACCAUUGUCAUAGCCUCCUAGGACAUGUAUGGUUGCUAUGGAAAGAGAAAAGGACUAUGGAAGUGAUGGACGAAUGUUUGAAGGAAACAUUUGUUGAAUCGGAAGUGAAGAGAUGCAUACAUGUGGGGUUGUUAUGUGUUCAGAAAUUAGCUGACGAUAGACCUAUCAUGCAAUCGGUGGUUUUAAUGUUAGCAACCGAGGGAGCAACCCUUCCUGAACCGAAUGAGCCUGGAUAUUUCAUUCAAGGAUGUUGUAUCCCUUUACCGAAUUUUAAGUAUCCUAGUAUCAAAUCCGAGAAUGGAGAUGUUACCAUUACGGAUUUGGAUGGCAGAUAAGGAGACUGUUGCUCGCGACAAAUGCAUCUUUGUGUAAAUUCGAAAUGAAACUCAUACAGUAUUAUGUUGAGAUUUAGAGAAUAUAUUGGAGAUGUGUGUUCAGAAGUUCAAGUUCCAAGUUUUGAUUGAAGCAAUGACAAAGAUCAAUGUAAUGUCUAGCUAGUAUAUUAAAGAAUCUGCUUAAUUGAUAGGGGCAUGGUUUAGAAUUCUUGUAACAUAUUGUUAAUAUUGUUUAGAUUAGCAAGUUCGU